AUGGCGCAGCGCAAUGGUGGUGGCAGCAGCCGUGAGCAGUCUACCUGGCGUUGCUCGGCGUGCGGGUGCAACAGGAACAAACUCUCGAGGUUCUGGUGCAAGCACUGCGGGACGAAGUGGCAGAAGCAGGGUGCCUGGCAGAAUGAGGAUGAUGGUCUUCGUCUUCGUGGCAUUGACCGCCAUCAGCAGCCUCUGCGCCCUGGCCUGCUCGCCGCUGGAGCUCCGCCACAGACGGGCGCGGCGGCCAUCGGCGGGGCUCGCGACGGGGCGGUGCAGCCUGGCCUAUCCGCCAAGGACCUGACCCUCCUUAUCAACCUCACUGGCCGUGCUGGAGACAAGGAGUCUGUCAACAAGUACCAGGAGCAGCUGUCAAAGCUCACCGCUCGUCCUGUGGCUCCAAUUCCCUUGGAACAGCGAGUUGCGCAGUGUCAGAGAGAGCGUCUCUGUCUGGCCAAGAAGUUGCAGUACGAGCUCGACAAGCUGGACAAUUUGGAAUCGGAGAUGGAGAAGCAGCGCCUGCACAUCGCUUCAAUCUCUGACCAGCUCACUCGCCAGGAGGAGUCCUACGCGGAACUCGUGGACAAGCUGGCAUCGGUGGCGCGCUCGGACACUCCCGCUCCCGAGGCGCCCAGGAUCAACAUCGAGGACCUGGUCGCUGGCAAAUUCGACGCCUCCCAGAUCGACCUGGGCAAGAUCCUCACUUCCGACGGGGGGGAGAACGAGUAUGAACUUCCCAAGGAGUAUGUCGAGGAGCUCGACCGCCGCCAGAAGCAGCUGGCUGAAGGCCUCUCUGAGCUCUCCAAGCGGCUCUUCGCAGAGGCCCUGGACCACGCCAAGGCCCUGGUGCUGAAGGCGCCAUCCGAGCUCUGGGGCUUCCGCUCCGACUGGCCCCGCAUCGACUGGGUCGGCUUCUGA